CCAAAAAAGAAGAACCACUCCAAUACACACCACCCCUUACAUCGAAAAUCGAGAUUUUGUCUGGGAAAGAUGGGCGACAUUGCAGCAACCAAGUUAGAUCACGAGAAUCACCUUCUCCUCGACCAGCCUCUCCUCCGCCUUCCUAUCGAGCUUCUACGGAAGAACUUCCGGUCCGCCCACUUCGAAGUCGAAAAAGAUGGCACGUACAUCAAGAACACGCUGAAGGAGACGGCAACGGCAUGCGUGAACGGCGGCGCCUCGCAGGCCGACGUGCUCAAGAACCUCGACACGAUGAUCGCCCGGAUGCGCGGCGUGAAGCGGAAACUAACCGCCUUCGCCGACGAGGAGCAGCGGCUACACCGCCACGAGGAGGCCCGCAUCCGCCACCUCAACGAGCUGUACGCCAUGUACGGCGUCGACGACGUCAAGUACGAGGCCUGGAGCCGCACCCGGCUCGACCGUCUUCUGGUCGAUUACCUCCUGCGCCACGGCUAUAACCAGAGCGCGAGGGCACUCGCUCAGGAGAAGGGCAUCGAGCCGCUCGUGGACCUCGAUACGUUCGAGCAGAUGAGCCGGAUCCGGAAAUGCAUUCUGAACCGGAGCGUCACCGAGGCGUUGGCCUGGUGUACAGCGGGAGACACGAAGAAGGAACUCCGGAAGAUGGAUAGUAACCUAGAAUUCAUGCUUCGCUUCCAGCAAUACAUCGAGCUAGUCCGAGACCACUCCACCAAACCCACCGACAUCCUCUCCUACGCGCGCAAGUUCCUGCUCCCCUACCAGCACACGUACAAGAAAGAAGUCAUGCAAGCCUGCGGCAUGCUAGCCGUGCGUCCCAGCGCCGAAACCAACGUUUACGCGGAGCUCUACUCGCCGGACCGAUGGGAAAUGCUCGCCAACCUGUUCACAUCCACGCACAACGCACUGCUCUCGCUCCCGUCCGUCCCCCUCCUCCACGUCGCGCUAAGCUCCGGACUCUCCGCCCUAAAGACGCCAGCCUGCCACUCCUCGCACCCGUCCUCCGCCGCCGGCCCCCCCUCCCACUCGACGUCUCUCUCCCUAGCCUCCAGCGUCUGCCCCAUCUGCAGCACCGAGCUGAACGAGCUCGCCCGCGGCGUGCCCUACGCCUUCCAUAGCAAGAGCCACGUCGAGCCCGAUCUACUCCUGCUGCCCAACGGCCGCGCCUACGGCAAAGCCCGCCUCGACGAGUACGCCCGCAAGGCCGGCUUGCUCGACGACCAGGUGAAGGAUCUGCGCACCGGGGAGGUGUUUGGGAACGACCGCUUGAAGAAGGUGUAUAUUACGUGAUUGGCAGGUUUACUAGUUUGCCGGCUGGCUACCUUGAAGGAAUGUCUUACGCACAACGUCUAAGAUACGAUAUAGAAUGGUUAUAAUGGUUAAUGAUGCGGUGGACCGUGUAUUCUUACCCCCGUUACCACCUACCUACCUACUUUUACCUAGGCCGCUUGCCCUAGUAGUACAGGUUCUACUUCUACGUAAUUUACCUACAUACAUACCUAUAUAGGUACCUACGUAGGCGGUUUUCAUGGUCUACGAGACGGUGCCCGGUGGCAGGUACCCGUCGGCGUCGUUAUCAUCAGCAUCGUCAUUUGGGGAAAACGGCAUAGUGCAUGCAUGCAAUGGAGUUAUUUUACAUGAUCAACUUUUUAUUUUUGGAUAUGAAUUACUGAUGAAAUUGUCGAUGUAUAUAUACCUAUCUAUAUAUACGUGGUAUGCCAUGUAUUAUUUACUGUGCCGAGGUUAGAUUUUGCCCCGACUUGAGGGUUUCCUAAAUGUACGAUGAAAUAUCAAUUACGAACUACAUACAGUGGGUGUAGUAGGCUAGGUUAGCAUUAUACCGGGUUUAAAAAUGUGAGACUUACCUCGGGUAGAUUUACAGGGGUCCAAUACCAUGUAUGAAUGGAUUCCAAAGCUCAACCCUUUGCUAAUA